CCACUCCCAUCGCAUUCGCCUGAAAAAGAAGUCAACCAACAUGCCGAAGAUUUCGCGCCACCGCAACUACCGUAAGACGUACCGUACGCCUUCGCGUGCCUUCGAGAAGGAGCGUCUUGACCAGGAGCUGAAGCUGCUGGGCGAGUAUGGUCUCCGCUGCAAGCGUGAGAUCUGGCGUGUGCAGUACGCGCUGUCCAAGCUGCGUAAGGCCGCUCGUGAGCUGCUGACGCUGGACCCGAAAGACCCCAAGCGUCUGUUCGAGGGUUCGGCUCUUCUGCGUCGCCUCAAGCGUUAUGGCAUGCUCGCCGAGGACGAGAACGAGCUCGACUUCGUGCUGCGUCUGAACGUGCAGAAGCUGCUGGAGCGUCGUCUUCAGACCAAGGUCUUCAAGCAGAACCUGGCCAAGUCCAUCCACCACGCCCGAGUGCUGAUCAAGCAGCGCCACAUCCGCGUGGGCAAGCAGCUCGUGGACGUGCCCUCGUUCCUCGUGCGCAUGGACUCGGAGAAGCACAUUGACUUUGCCGUCACGUCGCCUUACGGCCAGGGCCGCCCCGGCCGUGUCGCCCGUCGUCGUGCUGCUCAGCGCGCUGCCGCCGGCGGCGAGGAGGACGAGGAGUAAGCGUAGCGAACAAUUGUGGAUUGCUACGACUCGGAUCUCUGGGUCUUUUUUAGGUUGGAUGGAGCUACGUGCAGUCGAGAGAUGCAGGCAACAGGAUCAUUUCGCGAUGCGUGGGCAGCCAACUUCCGACUUUGUUUCUCGGGGCGUCCAGCCCGAUAAAUAAAAUAUCAUGCGAAUUUGGGGACUUCAACACA